AUGCAUGACAUCUCUAAGUGUUCAGACAACCUGAACUUUCUGGAUUUGCUUGCAACCGUUCGUGCCGAUCAAAUUCACUCAGGAUCAAACAAUACGCGCACAGGACCGUAUUUGAUACGAUACUCCACAUUCCUCAACCACUUACAAAGAAUUGCUAUACAUUGUGGCCUUCAAUUGUCUUCAGGUCCAUGCUCCGGUGGUGGAACGUCUGCUGGAGCAUUAGUGUGGAGAUUAACAUCUGAGUGCUUUGCAGUAGUAGUUGCUGCAACUAAUAACUCUAUCACAACUUCUGAUUCGACUUAUAAUAACUCACCAGAACUGACGGAUCUUAUCUCGAUUGCCGCAGUUUAUUUCGAGUUUAAUCAUGAUAAAGCUGUGCCUUGUCCGGAGCUGGCCACUGAUCUCAGUAUGGGCAAAUAUAGUUCAUUACUACAGCAUGUAGAUAAUCUCCUGACGAUAUAUGCAGUUCCGGGUGAUAAGAUUGAUCGUGCUCGAACCUACUUAUGUUUACAGGCUCUUGAGAAAGAUUUGAGUAUGCUGACUCAGGCAAUGAGAACUGACUUGGAAAAUAAUAUCGAUGCCAUAAGUACAUUUAGGCGAGCACCAAAUCAGAAACAUGAUGUAUUUAGUAUGCGUGACCUAGUAAAUCGUUCACUCGUUGGACACUUUGUUGGACGUACAGGAGGCCGGCUAGCUAGACUUACUUACCUAGUCACAUCUGCACAGGCUAUGAUCAGUAAUGCAACUAGAGUAAUAAAGAAUAAUUUACAAAUGAAUUCAAAAAGUACAUAUUCAUCUAGUAUUGGGUGCGGAUCUCGUGAUGGUCUUAUUGGAGGCUAUAUGGCACGCAUCGGACUUUGUCCUAGAUUGUCGUAUGUGGAGGAUACUUCCGCAGUUGCCCAGUCGACAGUUCAACGACUUCCAUUUAUGCCUUUAGUGACACUACAGAAAGAUGCUUAUGGUAUAAGUGUCCCUCAUUUUGCUCAACCAGAUGAAAUCAAGUGUAUAUCAAUUGAAGCUGAAUUCGUACUACAUCUAGAUCCUCCUUUACCAAUCUCAACAGAUGCAAUUCAACAACUUGAGCGUACUACAGGUUUAAGUAAUACAGAAAUCAUAGAUCAGAAAGAAGAAGAUAUAGUUUUAUUGAUUUUACGGAAAUAUAAACAAGAACAUUUGUAUGGAAUAAACACACAUUUACAAAACCCAAAUAUUACACAACAUAGUUAUCAAAUUAAGAGUGAUGUCAAAGCCUAUCUUGUCAGCUCAGUUCCAUUUACAUGUUCAGAUCAAAUUGGUGAAAUUAUUUCUAUUCUUCGUAAACAAGCAUCAGCUUUAGCGUUUUAUGAAACAUUUAUUGUUCAUCCUGAUAAACCAGUGGAAAAAGAUGACGCCUUAACGUUCUCGUUUAAUAUUAAAAUCAUGGGUGGUCAGAUGAUUUCACUAGAGUUUGAUGAUCCUAAUCGUCUGGGAGCGAAGAUUCAUGCUUCUUUACAUGUGCGUCCGUUCGAUGUCCAGUGUCUGGAAUUAAAUUACUUUUCAAAUACACAUGAUCGCUUGAAUAGUAACUGUCCAAGUAAUGACAAAGAAGUAGAUGUCAUGCAACUGAAUAAGCUAGACAUAGAGUCUGGAGGUAAUCUCAAAGCUAACUUCAGCAAAAUUCUCACAAAAACACAUACAUUACCAAUUGGUUUUGUCUGGUUACUAACUCAACUCCAAUGUCCUGUUCAUAAACAGUUGGUAAGCCUGAAGUUGCCUGUAACCAAUUCAUAUAAUAGUACUGAGAAUAAGGAAAGCUAUUCAUCAGUCAGUCAAAAUCAAUUAACUUCUUUAAGGACAAUGCUUAAUCGUGUUAAAUCAUCUAUUAUAAUCCGUGGGGCUAACGGUACUGGUGGUGUACUUUGUGGUGGAGAUCGAAAAGUUUCAUUGGAUUUUGAAUCUUCCUCAUCAUUCGCUGCAGCACAAGUAUUUGCUUUAAAUACACCAAACUAUUUGAACAAUGCUAAAAAGAUACCUCCUUUACCUCCAGGUGUCAUGGCAACACCUCCUCCUGCGUUUACUCAUUUGGAUACAAGCUCAAGUGACCUUGGUAUUAUAUCAUCGUUGCGACCUGUGAACUCUCAAGGCAAAUUACGUGAUAUGCAUCCCAAUUCCAGUUUACCAGCUGUCUCAACUAAUCCAUCCCGUGGGUUAAGGCUGGAUGACUUAUUAGUUGAUAGUACAUUUCAAACACAACAACAGUUACAGCAGCGUAAUCCACCUCCCAUUUCUUUUUCCCACUCGUUACCAAGCUAUGUAUCGCCUAUUCCUGGGACACAUACUACCUCUUUGGCGGAUGUGAAGGAAGCCUAUUCUGAUAUGAUUAAUCCCAACAUUUCUACAUCAAAUUAUCUUUCAUUACCUACUAUUCAUUCCUCACAUAAGUAUGGGUCGUCUGUUUUAUCUGGGUCAAAUAGUAUCCCUUCAAAUUUGUACAAUAUACCUUCUAUGUCUGUUAGUGCUUCCAAUUCAGAGGCUACAAGUUCAUCUGCUGUAGUCAAAUCCAAAAGUUUUACUGCCUCACCGGUUAGUGAUAACUCCAGAGCUCCAUCAGCAAGCGGAUCUAUGCUUGUUAAUCUUUUAAACGAAGAUUCACUUUCUACUUCCAUUCCUUUGGUGUCUCCAUCCAGUAUGACAGAUCGUCACCACUACAAUCCCAGUCAUUCGUUAACAAAUCUUCAAAAUAGUCCCCUUACUUCAGCUGCGAGCAGUAUAAACGUUUCUAAUAGUCGACUUCCUGGCAUGAUGUUAUCCAAUAACUCUCAACUCCCUAGUUCAGAUGCACAGUUACCCCAAGGGUGUGGGAAACCUUUAAGUUCAUCUGCACCAAACCUUACUCCGAAUAGUUCCCAGUACCCUUCCGUUCGUAACUCCAGUUUAAUCACUCCUAAUACUGGUCGUACCAAACAUACAAGCUUAAAGAACAGUCAAGCUAGUUUAACUGUUAACCCCACAAGUAAUCCUAAAAAACCUCGUAAAAGGCGUCGAGGAACGGUGGAAGGUAGUUUCCGAUGCAUUAGUAGUCAAAAAGGCAAUACACCUGUUCCUGGUGUAUAUUCUAACUAUCCUACUACAAAGCACCAGCGUGUCGACACCGUUUUACCGACUACCAGUAUCUCAUUGUCAGGAACCUACCAGCGCCCUACUUUUAAUCAAACAAAUUCAAAUUUCUCUUCAUGUUCACUGCCAUAUGUCCAACAGAGUACGGUAGCAUCUACAGUGCAAAGUAUCAAUAUGCAAAUUCCUAACCCUAGUAAAUCGGUCUAUGACUUCGACGAUAACCCCAGUUCAAUGUUCGAUGUCCCGGUCGGUAAUAUAUCGUCCUCCAAUUCCUUAUCGUUUUCAAGCGGUUCUUCAUUAACAAGUCCUAAAUCUGGCGUGUCUGUAAACCCAUUACAGUCUGGUAGCCUGGCAGUUAGUAAUGCCAAUCCAAUUUCGAAUUUUCCUGUGACAACAAUGAUGUCAUCAAAUUCAAAUUUAGAACGAACUAUCGAACGUAAAACUAGUCUGAAGAUGACGAUAAAAACAAUACCAUCUCAACCGAUUACUUCAACUCCCAAAGCAAGAGUAAACUUUAGCCAGAAUGAAGUUGAUAAAUACAACAAACUCCAGUCUGUCCAAUCAAAUUCGACCCCUAUUAAUACAUCGGACUCUGGAGGUACAGUUCAUCCAGCUCAACCUUUGCCAUCCGUUAAAAAACGUAAAAAACGUUCCGUAGAGGGCAAACCAUCAGCAUAUAUGUUACAAAUGCUUCAGCUUGCCAACUGCUCAAUAAGUGGUUCUGAUGCCUCAGUUACCACUACUAGUGUUACUACUGCGGCUUCUGGAGUUCCUAGUCAGUCAGCAAUUACUCCUCUUGUACUUAACAACUCUGGUUUAAAAACAAAUCAAAAUAAUACUCACAACCAGGCACAAGAAACAGCUGACAAUGCAAAUAUACCGAAGCUAAUAAAAAUAAACCGUGUUUCCCGACCAGCAACUUCUGAUGUACCCAAAGAUAAUCAAACGGGAUCAGGUACGACUCCUAAUUUGUAUAGUAACUGUAUUUCAAUGUCCCCCAACUCAUCAUCAAAAAAGAAGGUUUCUGCACUUAAUUCUACUCCGCUUGGGACUGGUGCUGGAACUAGUUCCGGGAGUGAUGAUAUGAUGGUUGUCAAGAGGUUGUUUUCUUCAUCGGCUUCACCCUUAGUAAGCGGUGACAAGCGCAAGCGCAAUCCAGAAACUUCGAAGCAGUCUAACAACUCUCAGUCUGCUCAUCCUAAUUCAGGUACCUCAAGUGAUUCUGCAUGUAUAUCUUCCCCCCUACUUCCUUCUACUAGUUCAGAUCCACCUACCAACAGUAACACAUCACGUAAAACACCUCGUCCAUCGUUACAUACAGCACCUAAUUUACCUCGUGUUCCACAUACUCCCACAAGUAAAUCUCAACCUGUUCAACAAAGUAGUACUCUCAAUUAUUUAUCCUCCAGUUCAGUAUGUACUGCAAAUCCAGCUUCUGUAAGUGUUGUUGGUUCUUCAUCUGGAUUAAUUAAAGGCUAUAAGAUCCCUAAAAAGAAAAGUACAACCACUGGCUGUUUACCAAGUGUACCUUUAUCGGACGCAAGUGGGGACAAGUCGAUUGGAAUGCUGUCUACCACACUUCAGCAAAUACAAGAAAGCGUUUCAUCCUACAGGGAUACACCAGAUUCUCAAUCUCCAGAAAAAUCUGACGAAUCCAGUCUAACUAUUGUUGAAAAUAUGUAUCCAAGUUCUAACGAUCCUAAUCUAGAGGGCGUAGAUCCAAUAAAUGCAGUUGUGUACAAUGCAAAUAUCAAUGAUGCAGCAAAUAAUACUGAUGACAAUUCUUCAAUCCCGUCCGAUUCAGUUUCGGGCUUUACGGCCCCUAAUACUGAGAGCUGUUCACAAUCCAUCCUUCAUCCAAUUUCACUGCAGUCCAAUUCGUCCGUUUCAGGACAAUGUUCGCAAUCGUCACAACAGCAGUUUCCCCGUAAAUCUUCAGUGAAAAGUAUCAGUGAUAUUGUUGAUAAAUUACGGGCAAAAUCUACGACUAGCAUAACUUCAUCUACUUCAACAAUUAUCAGUGAUUCAUCGAAUGUCGGAAGUUCUGACACAACAGCGAUCACUUCAUAUGAAGUUAAAGAUUCUACAAUAAAUUCAAUGCUCUCUGAUAAUCCAAGCUACCAAUGGAGAGACAAUAUCUUCGAGAAAUUUUGUCCAAGUGGGACACCGACACCGCACCAAACAGAAAAUGGUCCGAACAAUAUAUGUAGAUCAGAUUCUGAAGUGGAUUUGAGCACAUCAAUUGAACAUAGUGAAGAAUCUGUAUGGACUAGUGGAAAUAAAGAACCAGUGUAUGAUAAAGAUGAAAGAAAUAUAUCCUCAAGUAAUUUAAAUGCUCCAAUGAUUCAUUCGAAUACUCAGUCUAUCUCAGAUUCAGAGGGGAAACAAGGCAAACAACAAUUUGAGUGUAUUAAAGCUAAUACUGAUACACCAGCAUCACCUACUGAAUUGUUAACCACGGUGCCCACAUCUAAUUCAAAUAUGUCAAGUAAGAUUAUCCCUAUAUCUCCUACAAGUAUGAAGUGUCUCAACUCCACUGGUUCAAUAUCGGGUUCUAAUAUGAAGCCCAACAUAGUACGACAUAGCUCUUUACGUUUCGAAAAGAAAACUGGAUCUGGGCGUUAUUCUCGAUUAGGGGGAGGUGUAAAUGGAAUGAUGAUGCAUGGGGGUCUUGUUCAACGUAGCAAUUCUGAUAAUUACAGUCAUUCUAGCGGUUUACAUGGUCAUUCAAAUCGUCUCCCACGUGGUGGAAUGAAUAAUCCGGAAUACUGGCACAAAAACAAACGUCAUAAUAAAGCACCAAAUUUUAAACCACCAUCGAAUUGGGUCCGAUGA